AUGCUGACCAAACACAAGAUCGUCUUUCUCGGGGACCAAGGAGUCGGGAAGACGUCUCUAAUCACGAGAUUCAUGUACAACACGUUUGACACACACUAUGCGGCGACGAUUGGAAUUGACUUUCUUUCUAAGACGAUGUAUCUGGACGACCAGACGAUCCGGUUGCAGUUGUGGGACACGGCGGGCCAGGAGCGGUUCCGGUCGUUGAUCCCCUCGUACAUCCGAGACUCGAUGGUGGCGAUGAUCGUGUACGACAUCACCAGCAAAGGCAGCUUUGACGACAUCCCCCGCUGGUGUGACUACGUGCGCACGGAGCGGGGCGACGACGUGAUCAUGGUUCUCGUGGGAAACAAGAGCGACCUCCCCGGGCGGGUCGUGUCCACUGAGGAGGGGGAGAAGCUCGCCAAGGAGCUCAACUUCAAUCUCUUCAUGGAAACCAGUAGCAAGAACGGAUACGGCGUGAAAAACCUUUUCAAGAAGGUUGCCAAGCUUCUUCCAACCGUGCAGGGUGACGAAGGUACUUUGGACGGCGCUGCCGCCGCAGCUGGCACCAAGGAUAGCAACACGCAGACCAUCGACAUCUCCACCACCAACACCAAGGACGACGGCCCUGCAGAAGGCUGCUCGUGUUGA